AAGAUGAUCCACACAGGGGAGAAGCCAUAUAAAUGCAUGGAGUGUGGAAAGAACUUUGCUUACAGGAGUGGACUUACUAUCCACAAAAGGAUCCAUACAGGGGAGAAGCCAUAUCAAUGCAUGGAGUGUGGAAAGGCCUUUGCUCAAAGAGGCCAUCUUAUGCGUCAUAAGAUGAUCCACACAGGGGAGAAACCAUAUAAAUGCAAAGAGUGUGGAAAGACCUUUGCUUACAGUAGUGGACUUACUAUCCACAAAAUGAUCCAUGCUGGAGAAAAGCCAUAUAAAUGCAUGGAGUGUGGAAAGACCUUUGCUCAGAGCAGUGGACUUAGUAGCCACCACAAGAUCCACAUGGAGGAUAAGCUGAUCCACACAGGGGAGAAGCCAUUUAAAUGCAAAGAGUGUGGAAAGACCUUUGGUUACAGUAGUGGACUUACUAUUCACAAAAGGAUCCACACAGGGGAAAAGCCAUUUCAAUGCAUGGAGUGUGGAAAGACUUUUGCUCAAAGAAGCCAUCUUAUUCGCCAUAAGGUGAUCCACAAAGGGGAGAAGCCAUAUAAAUGCAUCGAGUGUGGAAAGACCUUUGUUCGGAGCAGUGAACUUAGUUGGCACAACAAGAUCCACAUGGGGGAGAAGCCAUAUAAAUGCAUGGAGUGUGGAAAGACCUUUGCUCAAAUUGCCCAUCUUAAUUCCCAUAAGAUGACCCACACAGGGGAGAAGCCAUAUAAAUGCAUGGAGUGUGGAAAGGCCUUUGCUCGAAGAUAUCAUCUUAAUUGCCAUAAGAUGAGCCACACAGGGGAGAAACCAUAUAAAUGCAUGAAUUGUGGAAAGUCAUAUGCUCGAAAGUAUGGUCUUACUUGCCAUAACAAAAUCCACACAGGAGAGAAGCCAUAUAAAUGCAUGGAGUGUGGGAAGACCUUUGCUCAAAAUGGUAGUCUUACUUCUCAUAAAAGAAUCCACACUCGGGAGAAACUAUGCAGCAAUAGCAAUUCCACUUAGACUUAUAUUGUACUUACAAUGCUUUACUGCACUCUCUGAGCAGUUUACAAAGUCAGCAUAUGGUCCCCAGCAAUCUGAGUCCUCAUUUUACCCCCCUCUGAAGGACAGCA